GCUGACUUGACUAGUGACUAAGUGACUAAGAGUGUCAGUAUGAGUGAUUAUAAAGAAUAUAAUUCUAAUUUAGUGUAACCUAGAUUGCUAACCUAAAUUAGAUUGUGAAAUUAUUCAUAGAUCAUUUUACUUAAACAUAAUUAGUCUAAGACAAAUUUUAAUACAAGCGUUUGAAGAAACAUGCGCCUGUUCCUAGCUCUGGUAGUCGUUCACAUAGCUCUGGUGGGCACGCACGUGUGGGCUUCGGCUCACUAUCGGGAUGAGAUGGAGGACAGCGAGUUUGCAGAGUUCGAGGACUUUGAGGAGGAUGAAAGUGCCCCAGUGGAGGUCACAACUAGCUCUCAGUCCGUGGAUGCAGGUGAUAGUAACGGACAAGAUGAUGACGAAAUUGCUGUUGUUGAGGAUGAGGAGAGUGAGUUUGACCAUUUUCAGGAUGAUGAAGAGUUCGAAGGCUACGACAGUGAACGUUUAGGAAGCAAAGUUGAUGAGAAAGAGGCUCCUAAAAUUACUAUUACAAAGGUUCCUCUCCACCUUCGCUCCAAUUGGGACAGUUUCUACUUGGAAAUGUUAAUGAUCGCUGGACUCGUUGUGUACUUCAUCAACUUCUUCGCUGGGCAAACCAAGAACUACAAACUGGCAAAUGUUUGGUACUCUACCCACAAAUCUCUGUUGGAGGAAAACUUUAGUUUAGUGGGUGACGACGGAAGAGUGGAGAACGAGUCCCCCGGACUGAUGAAGGACUCGGACAGCCAGUACACGUUGUGGUGCAGUGGGCGGACGUGCUGUGAAGGCAUGCUGGUGGAGCUGAAGAUGAUCAAGCGACAAGACCUGGUGGCCGUCAUCGCACAGCUCAUGAGACCCGUGCAGGACCAGGUCCACAUCCGGGUGGACAUGGGCAAGGACGAGAUGGACACCUUCGUCUUUUGUGUGGCUACCAAGAAAACUGCUGUCAAACUUGCCAAGGACAUGGCCGAUGUUAGUGUGUACUGCCCGGAACGGAGGGCCGGGGAUAAGUUCGGGUUGCCGGCAAGUCUGAACGUGUUGAGUGAGCUGGCGGAGGUGUCACAGACGAUGCUCGACUCCAAGGUGACGGCUGCUCUCAACAAGUACGCAGAUCUCAUCGACUACAUCCACUUCUCUGACCAGUUCUCCGGGCCCAAACAGACAGAGGAGACAACACUAGUUAAACUGCCGGAUGUCAAGAAGGUGCUCAUGUUUGGUCUAAAUAUGCCUCUCAAGGGAAGGUCAGUGCAGGAGGCCAUGGAACACAUGAGGCCUCUGAUGCAACUGGUCUUUUAUUGCAUGGAGAAGGUGAAACGCUUUCGGCUUAGCAAGGAGGGCAAAAACAAAGCUGACAAAAACCGACUACGGGUAGAGGAGAUGUUCCUGAAGACCACACACGCGGCUCGUGCAGAAGCGGCUGCGGCUCGACGUGAGGAGAAACGUCGACAGGAAAAGGAAAGGAUCUUGCAGGAGGACGACCCCGAGAAGCAGCGGAAGUGGGAGGAGAGGGAGAUGAAACGCCAGAUGAAGAAGAAAGCCCCGAAGAUGAAACAAUUGAAGGUGAAAGCCCUGUAACUUGGAGAGUAGACACGAGCCCUUGUAGUCCAGCAACAGUGUAGUCUCACGUAAUAUACCCCCUGGCAUAGAGUGGUCUUUGUGUUUAGCUAAUGACAGUUCAUUUGUAAUUGAUAUUUAGAAUUUUAUCAAACUAUGGUACAUCUUUUCAUUUCCAUUAUCAUUUGUCUUAAAAGUCCAUGUUAGUAUAAAUCCGUUUGAUUUCAUUCUAACAAGUUUAAAAUUGUGUUAAAAUACUUUUUUGUUAUUAGUAAGAGAAAUACUAAUAAAGAAAAAAAAUCUAAAGGAAUAAAAAGUUGUAAAAAUAUCAAGAAAUAAAAUUAAAGAAUAAAUGAUCAUUUUGUUUAUUGUAUGAACUUGUUAACCUUUACUGAGUGAGAGAUGUUUGAAGAUUGAUAACACACGUUUAUUAACACUUUGUAAAUUCCAUAAAUGUCAAUAAAACUGUAUGGAACAGGCAGCAAGAUUAAAGGCAUAUCGGGAGGUUGAGUGUUAAUAUAGUGGCCUCAGUGAUUGAUAAGUAUCCGUCACAUUUUCUGUAUGUUUCAAUACCCUGCGAGUAGCAGACAUAUAAGCUGACAGGUGUGUUUUGAGUACCAGGAGUUUUAAAGAUUAAUCAUUUGAAAGUUUUCUCUCAAGUGAGUGCCAAAACUUAUUUUGGAAUUUUUAUUAAUCCCCAGAAAAAUAAAAUUAAUGAAUAACAUCCAACUAAAUCGGAGAAUUGAAUUCUAAGUUUUACUAAACAGUUUUAUUAUUAGGAAAGAGGCAUUUGCGAUAGUCAUUUCAUCAGUACUUAACUCACUGAUCAAUUAUACUUUUUUGUGCAUAACAAACUUUAUCUCAACAAGUAGGUUAUUCUUCUUAAGAACAAUUAAAUAAUAAAGUAGUUAGAAACAAACAUCCCUUCCACAAUGUAUAAUUAGUUUGUUGGAUUGUUUUUAUAUUUUGUAAAAAUGUAAUUUAGAUUAAUUCUGUUCACAAUGUUAAUAUUGAAGUUAUAUAUUAUAAUAUUUUUACUAUUUAUUUAGUUAUAUCUAAAGGUUAAAAAUUUUUGUGAUUUCACUGUUUCUUGCUAUAUUAUUAUAUAGAUAUUCGCAUACAUCUGUAUGAAAUAUGUUAAACAAAUGAAUAAAAAUAAAUGGUAUAAUGUUUUCUCAAUUCUGGAA